AUGGGCAGAAGGCAGGAUCUUCCCAAAAUGGAAAUCUGUACGAGUUUCCGCGAAAGCAUAUUGUGUAUCUUUCUUUCGUUCUCCGUCUCUCUCUCUCUCUCUCUCUCUCUCUCUCUAAAUACAUUUCUCUCCGUCUCUCUCUCUCUAUCUCCCUUUCUCUCUCUCUCUCUCUCUCUCCAUUUCUCACUUUCUUCUGGUAUUGGUUCACGAGAAUAUAAUUCCUAUAAGACCAGCAACUUUGACUUUAUAGUUACUAGUUUUAGAGCAAGAAAACUAAAGCGGUUUUACGUGACGAAUUAUUUUUUCUUUCUUUCUCCCCCUUUCUCUCUCUCUCUGUUUAUCUAUGUCGCUGUGUUACUUUCCUUUUCUUUCGCUGUCUCUAUCUUGGCCUCUCUGUUACUUUCAUCAUCUUUCUCUCUAUAUAUCUUCGUCUCUGUAACAUUCUUUCUCUUUUUCUCUGUCUGUAUCUGUCUUCGUCUCUCUGUUACUCUCUUUCUCCUAUUUUCUCUCUUUCUAUCUCUCUUAAUCGCUUUGUUUUUUUUUCUCUUUCGCUCUCUCUACCUUCGUCUAUCUGAUACUUUUAUUCUGCCUCUCUUUCUUAUUCUUCGUCUUUCUGUUACUUUCUUUUUCUUUUCUAUCUUCUUUCUUGGCCAAUCUACUCUCGUCGCUUUGUUAAUUUCUUUCUCUUUCACUCUCUCUUUCUAUCUAUCUUCAUCUUCCUUCUCUCCGUUACUUUCUCUUUUUCUCUCUCUCAGUCUAUCGUCGUCUCUGUUAAUUUCUUUCUAUUUCUCUGUCUCUAACUUCGUCUCUCUUACUUUCUUUGACUAUCUCUCUCUCCAUAUAAAUCUUCAUCUUUGUGUUAAUUUAUCUCUCAUUUUCUUUCUCUUUUUCUUUCUGUCUCUCACUAUCUUCGUCUCUCUGGAACUUUCUUUUCAUCUAUCUCGCCCUAAGUAUCUUCGUGUAUCGCUUACUUUCUUUCUUUCUUUCUUUCUUUCUUUCUUUCUCCUUCUCUUUCUCUUUUCUCUAUCUUACUUCGUCUCUCUGUUACUUUUAUUGGCUUUCUCUCUCCCCAAUAUAUAUCUUCAUCUAUGUGUUAAUUUCUUUAUCUAUGAUUUUCGUUCUCUUUUACUACCUCUCUCACUCUCUCUCUCUCUCUGUUUCGCUAUCUAUCUUCAUCUCUGUUACUUUCUCUCUAUGCGUCUGUUUAUCUCUAAAUCUCUACCUCUCUCUUACUUUAUUUUCUUUCUUUCUUUCUCUCUCUCAUUUACUAUCUGUCUUCGUCUCUCUGUUAUUUUCUUUCCGUUUAUCGCUCUCUAUCUUUCUAUCUCUGUUGCUCUAUUUUUCUUUCUUAUUCUCCCUCAUUCUCUCUCUCUCUCUCUCUCUCUCUCUCUCUCGCUAUCUUCGCCUCUCUUAAACAUUAUCUAUCUCAGUCUUAUCCUUUAUCUAUCUAUCUAUCUAUCUAUCUAUCUAUUGCAGCAUACCUACGGACGAUAA